UUUUCAUCUUGAUCUCCUCUUCCGUGAUUUGAUCUGAUUCAUUCCAUUAAACAUGUCGUCUUCCUUAGUCUGUUGGCUAAGCUUUUCGGUUCUAUUGUUAAUUGCUAAAAAUUCAGAAUCUUGUUUCGCUACUCAGACUCCACAGCAGCCAAUUGUGACAAGUACGGUGGCUCCGGCAGAACCAGCAUGCUCUCCGGACACACUUGUUCUUGGACAAGGAGACAAUCAAAACCCCGAAGUCGCCAUCGAUGUUACACAUUCAGCAGUUACAACUACAGCCGGUACCUCCUCAAUGACAAUUACUUGCUCUGGAGCCACUGACUUCAAUGUGCAAAUGGAGCUUAAUGGAGCCUUCACACCAGCCGAGAACGACCAGGAUCCACUACCCCAGACAGUUACUAUCAAUGCUCAGUGUAAUACCGCCGAUAUGAAAUGGAACUACGUGACUGUGAUCAAUGGUGAAACGUUCACCGAACCUCUCGACAGUGUGACCUGCCUACAAGUUCAGAAUUUGCCGGGAGAGGGGCCGGAUCCGGAGCCGGUGGCAUGUGAUCCGGCGUUGAUUACUUAUGGAGUUGGAGACGAUCAAACCCCUGAGGUCGCCAUCGAUGUUACACAUUCAGCAGUUACAACUACAGCCGGCGUCUCCUCAAUGACAAUCACUUGCUCUGGAGCCGACGACUUCAACGUGCAAAUGGAUCUGAAUGGAGCCUUCACCCCAGUGGAAAACAAUCUGGACCCACCUCCCCAGACGGUUACUAUAAAUGCUCAGUGCAACACUGCAGAUAUGAUAUGGAACUACGUGACAAUGGUGAAUGGACAGCCAUCCACACAGGCGCUUGACAGUGUGACCUGCCAACAAGUUCAGAAUUUGCCGGGAGAGGGACCGGAUCCGGAGCCGGUGCCAUGUGAUCCGGCGUUGAUAACUUAUGGAGUUGGAGACGAUCAAACCCCUGAGGUCGCCAUCGAUGUUACACAUUCAGCAGUUACAACUACAGCCGGCGUCUCCUCAAUGACAAUCACUUGCUCUGGAGCCGACGACUUCAACGUGCAAAUGGAUCUGAAUGGAGCCUUCACCCCAGUGGAAAACAAUCUGGACCCACCUCCCCAGACGGUUACUAUAAAUGCUCAGUGCAACACUGCAGAUAUGAUAUGGAACUACGUGACAAUGGUGAAUGGACAGCCAUCCACACAGGCGCUUGACAGUGUGACCUGCCAACAAGUUCAGAAUUUGCCGGGAGAGGGACCGGAUCCGGAGCCGGUGCCAUGUGAUCCGGCGUUGAUAACUUAUGGAGUUGGAGACGAUCAAACCCCUGAGGUCGCCAUCGAUGUUACACAUUCAGCAGUUACAACUACAGCCGGCGUCUCCUCAAUGACAAUCACUUGCUCUGGAGCCGACGACUUCAACGUGCAAAUGGAUCUGAAUGGAGCCUUCACCCCAGUGGAAAACAAUCUGGACCCACCUCCCCAGACGGUUACUAUAAAUGCUCAGUGCAACACUGCAGAUAUGAUAUGGAACUACGUGACGAUGGUGAAUGGACAGCCAUCCACACAGGCGCUUGACACUGUGACCUGCCAACAAGUUGAGAAUAGGAAGUGUAAUCCUGAAGCGGUAAUGUUGGGAGUGGGAGACGCUAAUCAGCCUCAAACGAUGGUCGAUGUUACCUAUUCAGACUUCAUGUCGACACCAAUUGCCGGAACAGCCGACUCCACUUCCACAAUGAAAAUUAGCUGCUCUGCAAUUGAUGGGUACACCGUUUUAAUGCAAUUGAAUGCACAAACAAUUCCACUGGAAGGCCAAUUCGAACCCCAAGAAGUAACAAUUACUGUAACCUGCAAUAGUGCUGAUAUGACGUGGACCUAUACGGCAGACGCCGGAACCGGACCUGUAACUAUUGAUGUUAAUUCAGUGAGAUGUCUGCACAAUCAGAGAUAAUGUAAAGUGCUGGUUUAAUUUAAUAAAAUAGUACUAGAUU